CAGUGCUGCAGAAAGGCUAUGGUCCAAUCGAAUGGUACGAUGUCAAGUCUAAAACACACUAUGUCGACACAAGUCGUCUCCCGAAUGCUCUCGAAAAAUGGGUGAGGUGUGAAGACACCAACAAAGAAACCAACCUAUGUCGCAUGUAAGACCGAGCCCGACUUGACCCCGCAAAGAAGAUAAUCAGAGCAAAUUGCAUCAUCGAGUCGCCAGACAAGCUUGGGCUUUCCAAAGUGGUGCUGCCGUUCAUGAUCAUGGGAGACUCUGGCCGCGGUCAAGGAAAACAUUAUGAACAGCACCGGUUCCAAAGUCAAGAGCUGGCACGGGAAGAUGACAGUGGCUGGGCCGUCGCGCCAUGUCUUCGAUCCGAUCAAGGACAACAACUGGUGCGCGCAUCAGAUACUCCUCCGCGGUCAGCUCCACUCAAGCGUCACUCUUCUGAUGGCCUGCUAUGAUCCUGGCCAUGGAGAGGGAGAAGAGCGAGAGCAGCAUGGAAUAACACACAAGAGAUGCACCGAGGCUUGUCCCGCUGUUAGGAGCAUCCUGAUGACCAAAGGAAACCAUUACAUGGUAAAAUACGACAAGGCCGCACGGCGUUUGUUGAGCCAGGGCCAUCUACUACUCUCCAGGUUCCAGAUCAACAAUCAUGAGUCAACAUGGCAUUCCGUUUUGGAUUGACACUGGCCGUUCAAAACAAUCACAAAAGGUCAGAACGAAAGGUAUUGGUCAGAUUUAUGAUGUGUUCCUAAACUAUUCUUGUACCAUUGUUCUCGGUAUGGGGUUGAUGUAUAAACCCUCGCGGCGAUAAGUCCCAGUGUACACAGCCACGAGCGUCCUGUCCAGCUGGAAGAGGCGAUUAUGGACUCUUCAAGAGGCAUUCCUAAACCAACAGCUUGUGGUAUCAAAGCACUGAGCGAAUUCCAGGAUCUGCGCGUUUCGUUAAAAGUUUGGAAGAGCAGAAGAGCGGGACACCUCUGUCAAAGGCCAUGAUCCGAUCGAUCCACAAAGACCUCACAGAAGUUUGGGAUAGGUAAUGUGGAGGGUCGAGUCAAUUUCAUUUUGCUACAUUUUCAGGGCAAGGAUAGAGUGGGCUACUCUACACUCUACAGCAGGGAGGUAGUACUACAAGAUACACAUACGAGCCAUAACACAUUUUGUUCCUCGGCACGACAGUCUCUGCAAUACUCGGCCGAUUACAAGACAUUAUAGUAGAGGUCUUGUCAAAAG